GCGGCGGCAGGGCGCGCUGUGAUUGGUCGACGGCCUCGGGCUCAUCAUGGCGGUUUGUUAUUCCGCGUGAUACGAGCGCGGCCGCCGCUGAAGCCCUCCCCUGCUCGCGCCCGUCCAUGCUGCGCCCUUUUCGGUGAAUGAACACGACCAUCGGUGGAGAUGGUGGGUGUGAGUGUAGUGCAGGUGGCGAAUGGGGUUCGUCACACACCCCUCCCACCUCUCACACACGAGUUACAGCUCAGCCAUGAAGACCACACAAAGGAGCUUGACACAUCCUCCCCACCACAUAAAGUGUUGGGGGGGUUUGUUGGAGGGGGGCAGCUUGCUUGGCGAGCCUGUGGCCCCACCUUGGAGGUCAUUGAGCCAACAACAGGAAGGAGAAAAGCUGCCUGGACAUUUGGUGCCAUCAUGCACAAUGCUGAUGCCAGGGUAACAAGUGUGGCUGGUGUUGGGCUUGGGACAAUUUCCCAAGUUGUAGUUGGUGUGGACCUUGGUGCAGACCGCAGACCUCAGGGAAUGGUUGCGCUUUUAUCUCUCCACUCGUCACGUGUAACUAGAGUAUUUCAUUUUACUUACAAGGUAACAAGUGUGUGUAUGGUGUCCGGUGGAGAAGUGAGUGUGGAUCCGGGCACCUUAUCAGCAGAGUUGCGUCCAUGGCGAGGUCUGCUGGUCGUUGGGACUUCGCAUGGCACACUUCAUCUAGUUGACUUAGCACUAGACCUGGGUGGUCAUAAGGUUUUGUCUGAUGAGAUCUCUCCAGGAACUUUAGUGAAUAUAACCAUACCAGAUGCCCAAGCAGAGACUUCCCGGUUCAGUGCAGUUAUGCAGAAUUGCCAUCCAACUGUAUGCUUAAGUGAUGGAAUGAGUCAAAAUGGCCGCUUCCAGCUCAUCGGGCCAGACGACAAUGUGCUUUUUGAGACGGCAAGUCACUGUGUGGUGGUUACUGCCAUGUCCUUCAUCCCACAGCUUGCCUCGCUUGUCAUAGGAUAUAAUUUUGGGGCUUUUCAGAUAAUCAACUUAUCAACUCUAACCAUAGAUUGUGCGAGCCCCUAUGAAGACAACAUGCCUCCAGUACAUUCCUUUGCCUGCCAAGAACCAGAGAAUGACCCCAAGAACUUUGUUUACCUGUGGCUCUGUCGGAGUUGGGGUCCAUCUGAUGAGUCUGAAGGUAAGGAUGGAAGGCCUGCAGGCAGGAAUAAAGCCCCAGCAUUGUGCACCAUGUAUACCAUGACCUACGACAACAAAGUGUGGAUAGAAGGGCACGGACUGUGGUACCAGGGCCUUGCGUCUAUUUCUCCGAGGUUUGAGUUUGAUGCUAUCGGAGGUCUGGGCUUGAAGGGCCAGCCAGCCCAACCCAGCACAGUGUUCACUGCCAUGACAGUGCGGCAGACAACCCACAAUUCAGCUGUGGCACCGGGAGGAUCUUCAGCUGCCUCGGCACUUGCUACUCCUGAUGAAGAUGCUGGACCAGCACCUGAACAAAGCCUGUCAAUGUUUGGGUGGGUCGGAGGCGUCCUAGAACGGGGGUGUAUUACUGUUAAUCACUAUCUGGCUAUCUUUGACAUUAACCAGUGGUACCAGGCUCAAAUGCCCUCCAAUUUGAAGCUGGAUGAGUCUUUGCUGUGCCCAUACAUGAGCUUCCAUGUCUUGGACAGAGUACCUGGGGGAGCUAAUGAGUUUGUCCUCGGUGCAGCCCCCAAGCCAGCUUCAUGGACUAGACACAUGUCACGCACUUGUAAUGAUAGUGACUGGUUCCCUGCUGCCCUCUCAUAUGAUGCCCAUGUGUUAACUAGUCAAGGUCUGAUGGAGUAUAGAUGCCUGAGUGCUCAGCAGGCAUCCCUGACCUACCUAACUUCCUGUGGGCCCUCUGCGGUCGUGACCCCAGGAGAGGCCCAUGCAAUGUGCACCUUUUCUGGCCUUAUUCCCCAAGACAACCAUAUGGCAACUACAGGAUCUUCUAUGGUUUUGGAGCGUGAAGCUCUCCUGAAUGUCGCUCUGGACCAGCAGUUGGUGUCCCUUUUAGUUCAGUGUGUAGCGGAAUUUGCUGAGGGUCGCUUUACUAACCUCGGAUGCUCCCUGCCGUCUUUACUGGAUUGGGCUUGGUCAAGAGUGUGUGCCAUCAAGGCCACCAACGACAACCUUAGUCUACCCCUGUUUGACCCAGACUGUGGAGUCAUUAGUGCAGAGAAUAUUACCACUCUUCACCAGAAUCUCAACAGUUUGGCCUCUCUCACCACCGUUGUUACUGCUAUACGGGACUGUGCCAAAACAAACAUGAUAACCAUGAAGGGUGCUGGUGAGCUGGAGAGUCGUGUCCAGGUUGUGAGUCUGUUGAUGCUACAUUUGAGUGUUGUUCUGUGGUUUUAUCACUGUGGCCUCCUUUCUCAUAGUCCCACAGAAGAUAUAGAAGAGUGUCAUGUCCCCUUCCCUGCUGAUCUCUUAUGUCGGAUAUACAAGAACAGACGCUCAGAAAUCAAGCGACUGAGCACCACCCUAAAUGGGGCUGAGAUCCUCAUGAUCGAUGGUUUGUUGGAGGACGUGAACGGCGGCGGGAGUAUUGGGAAGGCUUGGGAAAAAGAGGGAGGAAGUGGCUUGUACCCUCCUCCUUCCUUGCAUGCCCUGUUAGCCAUCUUCCUACUCCCAGACAUCUCUACCACCACCAAGCACCGCAUUGUUCAGUACCUCUUCCUUGAUCUGGCAUCACUCCUCUCUGAUGGGUACACAAGAGUAGUGGAGGAGUUGGUGAAGUAUCCGUCAAGUUUUUCUCUGUCUCCGUCACACAUCAAACUUACACAGGCCUUCUGGCUGCUUGACCAUAAGGACUUCCAGGAGGGACUUAACGUGUUACUGGAUCCGCUGGUUAAUGCUAAUGACAUCACACCCUCACAGCAUAGAAGAAUUGUUAAGGCUUUCCUCUAUCAGGGUGAACACACACGGGCACUGACUUAUGCCCAGAUCCGACAGCCUCCAAAGGUGGACUUGGAUGACAUCCGACUGCAUCUCACUCUCCUCUUAGCCAAUGGCUUGAUCCGUGAAGCCUUCCAUUACCAGAGGACUCAUCGAGUUAAGGACAACUCGGAAGAUCUUCUAAAUCAUCUUUUCACAGGUUGUGAACAACUCGGGAAACUGGAGUGUGUGGUUCACCUGCCUCUCUCACCCUUGGAAGAGGAUGCUCUUGUGUCCUACCUGAGGACCUCCUCGUAUCCUGCAGCUCAGGAUUAUCUCCUUGUUUAUUAUCUGCAGAGAGCCAGGUACGAUGAAGCUGCAGUUCUACAAAAUAACCUUCGUGGUGGUCUUGGUACUGCCAAAAAGCGACAGGGAGCAAGGUCAGCACUCAUCCAUGGCUAUCUCACACACUUGCCUGAUGUUGCCAAGAAGCUGUCAUCUGCCAACUUGAGCAACAGAGGACCAACACACACAGUCUAUAGCAAACCCCAGCCCCUGUCAGCCCAGAUCCGGCAAGCAGCAUGCAGCCCCAAGACAACUGCAACUAACAUUCAUAAAACGAUACAGCGAGAGCAAGACGCAUGGCCAGUAAAUAAGGGUGCGACCACACCCUACACCCCAUUCAGGAGCAGAGCGCAAAGGCGGAGAGGGUAUGGACAGCCUGAAGGUCUUGGGUUCGGGGAUAUCAGCUCGCCCAAAUUGAGAGAUCCGACCAGGGAGAUAUCCCACACUGUCUUCCCAUCUCGAGUCGAAGCAAGCCAGUUAAGAUAUGUUGAUCAUGACGGUGAUAUUGGCCUCUUCAGUCCAGCCAUCAAGAGGAGCCGCCAAGAAUUGUCCCUUUUGAAUGAUGAUACUUCAAGACUGAUGGAGUCAGUCCUUAGAAAAAAUAUUCACAGCAGCAUGGAUGUGAAUGCCAGUGUGUCUCAAAACAUAUCCUCCGAUUUGCUGUCCUUACUCCAAACCCCAAAAAUUGCCCGGAAGAGGAAGCCUCUGAACCGUUCUGUUGGAGAGUCGCCUCUUGCGGACACCCCGCAGUCCAUACUCAAGGUGCGCCAGAUGGUAAAUAGACCCAUGAGUCCAUCGGCUACCAGCGACACUUCCAUCCCAGUGUUCCCACGAAUUACCAAGCGAGCCAGUAUUUCAGCCAGUGAGGAGGUUGUGACGAGCAAAGUCAGCGAUUCUAACAUGACUCCCAAGCAACUGCGUUUCCACCUCCCCAAGACGAGAGCAGAAGGAGAGAGCAACGGCAAGGAAGAAGUGCUGGAGAGGGAGGAAGAUGAUGAUCUAGUACCCUUGAAGCUUGAUGAGGAAGAGGAAGAUGCAGAGGAAGAAGAGGAGGAGAGAGAGGAGAUUGAUGAGGCAGUGGAGGAGGAGGAGGAGAGAGAGGAGAUUGAUGAGGUAGUGGAGGAGGAGGAGGAGAGAGAGGAGAUUGAUGAGGCAGUAGAGGAGGAGGGAGAGGAAGAAGAGGAGGAGGAGGAUGCAGAAGAGAAUGAAAAGGAAGAAAUUGAUGAAGAGGAAAAGAUAGCCACAGAACAAGUAGCAGAGGAAGAGUCUAUAGAGAUGGAGGAGGAGGAACCAUCAAGGAAGACAGAAGCAGAGGAAGAAGAGAUGGAGGAUGUAGAGGUGGAAGAAGAGGAAACAGAAGAAAUGGAAUGUAAUGAUGAAGUGAAAGAAGCAAACAGUGGAAAUUGGAUUGCAGUGUCACCACGUCCUGAAAUUCACAAUAAGAAGCUAAGCCCAGUGAGGCGCAAGUCUACUGGAAUCCCAUCGCCACGGCAACCUCUGCCUGGCUACGUGGCCAAAACAACUCGGGCAGAAGCAAUGUUACCCCAGAGUGUCUUCAAGGAGUGUGCUGAUGCAGAUGAAAUAGAUGCAAGCAGAGCAUCUGAGGAUGAAGGAGAUGUUGAGUAUCCAAGCAGGGAGACCACUGUGAAUGAGGACUUUUAUAGCUUCACUGAAGAGGAUGAGUUCAAUAUCUCAGAAAAAUCUGCAACAUCUGCAGCGGGAGAUGUGGUGGCCAAGGAAUCUGCUGUUUUGGUUGACAGAGUAGAAGAAAAGGAGCCUGACACUAAGAAAGCAAGUGAAACAGAAGAGAAAACAGAGUGCAAGCUUGAUCAAGUGCAAAACAAUGGUCAUGGUAUUAGUGAGGUCCAACGGGUAGAAUACGUAGUGGAAACCUCCCAACAGGAAGUCCACCAUGAGGAGGUGAAGAAAUCUGUUUUGAUUGAGCAGGAGACACUCAUCUUGAGAGAACUAGAGACCAAAGAGGAAAAGAUGCAGCAGCAGCUUAAUGAAUCAGAGCAUUUUGGCACUCUACAGUUUUCGGAUUCGGAAAGCGAAGAUGAAUCAACAACAAAGGCCCAGCCUCAAGAAGAAGCUUCCACUGUGCCCAGCCAGGAGCUUGUAUCAGAAGAGAAUGGUGGCAGUGCGGAAAAGGAAGAGGAGAUCAUUGAGAAGCUGUCAGAGGAAGAGGAAGAGAUGAUAGUAGAAGCUCUCUCAGAAGAGGAAGAUCUGAGCCUGGCUCUAGACACAACAGAACGAUUCAGUCCUCUGCGAUUUUCAGAUUCAGAAAAUGAAAAUGAAGAUAAUGAUGGUGGCUCUGAUGGUGAACAGGAGAAAGUUAUUGAUAGAAAUGGAACAGAUAAGACUCUUGUAGAAUUAAGUGAAACCAAAGACAAAGAGGAAAUUAAGGUUGACACUCCACAGUGGCAUCCUGUAAGUGUGCAGGUCUUCAAAACAGAGAUAGUCUCAGAGACAAAAGUCAUCAGAAAGACUGUAGAAUCUCCAUUACCAAAGGAACCAGUCCUCACAGAGAGCAAAUCGGAAACUAUCAGUGUAGAGAACAAUAACGAAGAAAUUGCAAAAUUUAUUGGAGAGGAUGCAUCAAAGAAGGAUGUAGCUGUAACAGAGACAGGAGAACCAGUUGCAAGCCUUGAAGAACAAAGAGUAUCAUCUACCUCGUCUACAAAUGGAUCGUCAGAACUAAACCACAAAGCUCUAGAAAGCAUAUCAUCUUCAAACAUCUCGGAGUCCUCUACUGGGGUGUCGAAAGAUCAGUUGGAAAAAUCGGACAUUCCACCUGCCAUAGACUCCAUGGACAUGGAUGAAGAACAGGGCGAGGUUGCUCAUGAAGAGGGCAAAGAAGUGGAGAAAGACACAGACACAGACAUAAAGGAAAGUGUUAUUGAGAAAAUGGAAGAAAAGAUGGGUACAUCAGUAGUAGAUAGUGUUGUUGGUUCUAAACCAAGCAUCUCUGUAGAAAAUGAGACAGAUAUGGAGACAGAUGAAACUGAUGGGAAGGCAAUUGGUGAAAGGGAGUCCCAGCAGGAACCAGAAGCUUUAGAAAGAGCAGAAGUUGGUAGAUUAGAUGUUACACCACCUGAGGAGACUGAUUCAAAGGAGGAAAAAACUAGUGAUAAGGAAGAUGGUACUGAAAUUAAGUCAGACCUUGUAGAAACUAGAGAUAGACAGGCUAGUAAGGUUAAAGAAAUGCUUCAAGAAGUAGAAAGCAGUCCUCCAGAGGAAAGUUCUGAACUUCCCACUAGACCAGAAACACCAACUAGAAAAGCUGAGGAGGUACCAGAGACUUCAAGGGUAGCUUCCAUGCGAAGAAGUCGAAGACUCAGCACAUCAUCACCAGCCACUCCUGCAACCCCAAGGAGAAGCCGACGGACAAGCGGCAGUACAGCAGAUGAACCAGUGACACCUGCCCACAAGUCUCUGUUAACCGAAGUGGCCUUUGAGAGGGUGACAAGGUCAGGAAGGAAGAUCGGACAGGUGCCAACGCCCGUCACAAAGAAGCGGGCCACAUCCCCCACAUCUAACCUUGUCUUAUCAGGGAGAAUGCAGAGAAGAGCCUCGGCAGCAGCCGAGGAAGUUCAGAAAGUGACUCAGAGGCUGGAGUUAUCUACUGAUGAAAUUGAGGAGGGACCUGCAGCAGGUCAGGAACCAGAGUCUGUGUCUAUAGCCACUCAUGAUGUCCUGCCAACCCCACCCUCAUCGCCAACAACUCCAUCUACAAGGAGACGAAGGAGGCAGAGCUCAGGAGAGGCUGAAGCUUCUGCCACCAAGUCACCGAGUAGGCGUUCUACCAGACAAAGUGCCUUGGAUGAGUCUUUAGGAACAAUUCAAGAAGAAGCAGAGGUAUCAGAGAGUCUAGAGAUUAAGGCCACAAAAAGUAAAACCACCCCUAGGAAAUUAGAAGGUACUCCCACCAAAGCAACACCAACUAAAGCCACACCAACAAGGACACGCAGAAAAUCUGCCAAACAAGCUGCUGGCAUUGAGAGCUUAGAAACAAUUAAAGAGGAUGCAGAACUUUCAACUGGUUUUGUGCCCCUUGUUUUAGAUGAGCAGAUAACAGGAACUCCAUCCCGAAGAACUCGUCGUUCACUUGCAGGAGAGACUAGUCAAACGCCUGGCACUCAGACACUCGGGGAGGUUUCAGAGACCACCCCAGAAACAAAGACCCCAUCUCGUACCAGAAAAAGGUCCAUAUCAAAGACAUUAGAAGCCACUCCUGAGGUCAAAACUCCUAUGCGUACAAGGCGGCAAUCUGGUGCAUCUGAUGUUUCUGACAUUGCGGGGGAAGCUAAGACACCAACACGAAGGACACGAAAGUCUGUCACAAAGGAAGUGUCGGAAGUCACUCCAGAGAAGAAGACGCCUUCAAGGACAAGAAGACAGUCAGUGUCUUCUGAUGUCUCAGAAGCAGCCCAGGAGGCCAAGACACCAACACGCAGGACACGCCAGUCUAUUUCAAAGGAGUUGGCAGAGACUGUCCAAGAAGCCAGAACUCCAGUCCGCACAAGAAGACAGUCUGUUUCAUCUGAAGUGUCAGAGGCAGCUUCAGAACCCCACAUACAGGCACGUGGAAGGCGCCAGUCCAUAUCAGAAGGUAUGACAGAGGUCGUUCCUAAAGCAAAAACUCCCUCACAGAAGAGUCAACUAUCUCGAUCAGCCAAAAGUACAAGAAGAAGAACAAUACAGGUGUUACAAUCUGAAGAGGAAUCUGCUUCUGAAGCUGCACACAGAUUGAUCUCUGUCCCAUCUCCAGGAUCAGAAAUAUCACAGAGAUCUCCAGAUAGAAUGUCAACCAGAUCUAGCGUCAAUAGCCCACUAACGAGCAUAAAAGACUCAGAGAGCAGCGAAGAAGAGGAGGUGGGCCGAAAGAGAGCAUCUAAACAAGCAGCUAAGAGAACAGGAAGAAAGUCUUUGGCAGUUGAGAAGACUGUGGAUGAAUCAAAAGAAAAGUCUCUAGUACUCCAUAGAGUUCUCAGUAUUGUUUCCUUUAUUCCUUCCUCAGACACAGGGCUGUCCACACCCCCGGAUUUUGGUGCUACCCGUCGUGCGCGGACUUCCAAGAAAGGGAGUUCCGCCUCCACCUCAGUCUUGAUCUUGGAGGAGUCGAAGGAACUGUUGGACGAAGAGGAAGAAAUGGUCUUGGAGAGUGGGGGGGAUGUGUUUGAAGGCGUAGAUGAAGAAAUAGCAGAAGCUGAAACAGAAGCCCAAGACAGUCCAGAUGUGUCGCUCUUGAAGGCAAGCAGCAGGGGCAGAAGGAAGCGAUCCAGCGCCCUUUCUCUACUUUCAGUACCAAAGGAGGGGAGGAAGAUCUCUGCGCUGCCCAAGCGUUCCUUGACUUCAAUGAGAUUGGCAACGGAUUCUUCGCAGGAUGAGGAUACAAUGGAAACGAAAGUGAAAAAGACGAGGAAAGCGUCCCGAAGGACCACAGCAGCAAAUGCGACAAUUCUUGAGCUAGAGCCAGAGAGGAGGGACAGUGUUGGAGAUAAGGAGGAGGAGGAACAAAAAGUGGAGAAAGUAGAAAAGAAAAGAAGGUCAGUAAAAAAGACUAAGUCACAGGUAGAAAAGAAGGGAAUGCCAGUAGAUGUGGAUGUAGCAUUAGAGAAGAAACUCGAGGCCGUGCAGGAGAUGGCGGAAGCGACCGAAAGGGAAGCAAAGGCUGAACUUCGGAAAGCAAAACCCCACGGAGAAGCUAUGAGCAAAGAUACCAAAGAGGAGCAAGUGACGCAGUUUCACUUUGCGACACCGAAGCCUGUCAUCAGCUCGAGGAAAGCCAGAGCACUUGAACACCUGAUGGGAGAAGCAGUGGAAUUCUUGUUUUCUCCUCCUUUAGCUGAAGGAAGGAUUGUGAAAACCCAUGCCAAGAUCGAGGAAGCCAGAAGCAGUUCGAGUGAGUCCGAGACGGAAGCAGCUGUUCCAGAGAAGUCCUUCAACCAAUGAUAGUGGACAAUUGCGGACACUAGUGGAUAGAUUAUCGUGAUUAACAGUGUUCUCUCUCCCCUGGAAAAUGAUCAUUUGUGUUGAUCUUUAGGUAAUGAUCAAAUCUUGCUAACCUCAAAGCUUUAAUGGCUCUUGGGAACUGCAAAUGUGAUCGAGGAGAAAAGAGAAAUAGUUCGAUGAGAGGGGAUCACUCAUGGUGGUACUGUUUUUACUCUUGAUGUGAAGUGGAACUGUUCUCCUAAACUACAGUAAAUGUAUGCGUUUAUGCAUGGGAAGUGUAUCUGUGAAGUGUGGUAAUUAUAAUAAUGAGACUUUUCUUUUCUUUUUUUACUUAAAACACUAAGAUACUUUCUGUGAUUGACACUGGAAAAAAAACAUGUUGAGAAUUUCUUUGUUUUCUCUUUAUAUAUUUUUCAUAGCUCUUUCCUGUUUAUAAAUUGUUUUUGCUUUUAGUUACUCUGGAUCAUGUUAUUUUUUACUCGGGUUUAGCAUAAUUAAUAAAAGAAAAUUAUUUCCUUGCCUUUGUUGUUAUAUGUUCAGUGGAUCUAAGUAAGCAACUCUUCCAAUUUAGCGACAUUUUCCCGUAAUUUUAACCCGUUUCGAGAUUAAUGUUGAACCAGGCUGUGAUACAAGUUGUUAGGAUAUAAUGUAUAACCUUUUGCAUAGAGCGAUAAGAGUUAACAAGAUGGAAAACAAAACAGAAAAGAAAGCCCCAAGUUGCACAAAUAUUCAUCAGACGUUUAACCUUUUGAUCAGGUAAGGGAUGGCGCUAUUAAACAGGCCUAGUCUUAACCAUAGCACGUGUAACAGGCAGCCACGCUUGCCAACCACAAAUACUACAAUGUCCUCAGUAGUUUGUAAGGUUCGAAUGUAUUGUGAUUUAGUUGGCACGUUGAUUUUUUAUUUAUUUUUUUCGUUCAUGUGGUCUUUUUUUAUUUUUCCUCUUUUUGAAAGAGUUGCGUCGUAAGUGAAUGUAUGUUGCUGUAAGUUUUUUUGUUUUUUUUUUUACAUCGGUAUUCUACAUAAAACCUUCAUAGCGCAGUGCCGGUCUUACAAUGUUGCGAUGACUAUAUAUAUAUAUAAAAUUACGUUCACUGCUGCAGCUCAUGUAUUUGUUCUGUUGAUCAAAUUGCUCAAGAUUUGGCAUGUUGGCAUUUUAGUUUGUGAUUUCUCCUUGUUCUUUUGUUUUUUAAUUUGUGAUAAGUGUAUAGAAUCUAUUUUAAAGUAAAUAGACCUUGCUAAAUCGAGUCAUCUGCCAGAAUGUAUUAAGGAGAUAGCAUACAGAAAUGGAGACUAUUCUAGGCUUUUUAUCUUCCUACUUUCGCAAGAUAUUUUGGUGCCAUUUUAUAUAUUUUUGAAGCUUUUUGUUCUUUGGAUUAGUUUAAUCUGAGUGGAGAAAGGGAUUUUUAAUUUAAACGGCUUUUUAUAAAUAAAAUACUGCAAAGAAA